CCCUGGGUCUUCCUUACCCCAAGAUUCUCAAGUCCAUAGGCCCGGAAUCUCCCCUCCUGGGACGCUUAGCCCUGCAUCGUCCUCACUAGAAGACCCCCAAACUCACAGCCACACUUCCAUCUCACCCUCAUAAAAGCCUGACCUUUGCAUUCCUCGCCUCUGGAGCCCCAAAUCCACAACUUUGGGGUGCAUUCUCUCAGAACCCACAUCCAAAGCACAGGUGCUCGCUGUGCACAUAUUACAAACUCCUCAGUUCUCCAGUUUAUCUGUUGCUCCCUCCUAAAGCCACAGCCUUGGGGCACCCCUCCUGAGGCACCACGGCUUUAGUCUGGAGGUCCCCUCUCUGUUCAGCUGCCCUGGGGUCCCCCUCCUCCUCCCUUGCUGGCUGUGUCCCAAGCUAGGCGGGGUGCAUGGUGGGGGUGUUGUUUUCCUUCAUUUCAUGGGAGGUGAAACGAAGUGAUUAUAUAACCAACCAAAGUCCGCUCCUCUUUUUCAGGCAGUAUAAAGGCAAACCUCCCCAGCUGGUACCAUCUAGAAUCCCACCGCCACCAUGCUGGCCUCAGGGCUGCUUCUGGUGGCCUUGCUGGCCUGCCUGACUGUGAUGGUCUUGAUGUCUGUCUGGCAGCAGAGGAAGAGCAAGGGGAAGCUGCCUCCGGGACCCACCCCACUGCCCUUCAUUGGAAACUAUCUGCAGCUGAAUACAGAGCAGAUGUACAACUCCCUCAUGAAGAUCAGUGAGCGCUAUGGCCCUGUGUUCACCAUUCACCUGGGGUCCCGGCGGGUCGUGGUGCUGUGUGGAUACGAUGCCGUCAAGGAGGCUCUGCUGGACCAGGCUGAGGAGUUCAGCGGGCGAGGCAAGCAGGCCACCUUCGACUGGCUCUUCAAAGGCUAUGGCGUGGCGUUCAGCAACGGGGAGCGCGCCAAGCAGCUCCGGCGCUUCUCCAUCACCACCCUGCGGGACUUCGGGGUGGGCAAGCGCGGCAUCGAGGAGCGCAUCCAGGAGGAGGCGGGCUUCCUCACCGAGGUCCUCCGGGGCACGCGCGGCGCCAAUAUCGAUCCCACCUUCUUCCUGAGCCGCACGGUCUCCAAUGUCAUCAGCUCUAUCGUCUUUGGGGACCGCUUUGACUAUGAGGACAAAGAGUUCCUGUCACUGCUACGCAUGAUGCUGGGAAGCUUCCAGUUCACGGCCACCUCCAUGGGGCAGCUCUAUGAGAUGUUCCCUUCGGUGAUGAAACACCUACCAGGCCCACAGCAACAGGCCUUUAAGGAGCUGCAAGGGCUCGAGGACUUCAUAGCCAAGAAGGUGGAGCACAACCAGCGCACACUGGAUCCCAGUUCCCCACGGGACUUCAUCGACUCCUUUCUCAUCCGCAUGCGGGAGGAGGAGAAGAACCCCAACACGGAGUUCUACUUGAAGAACCUGGUGCUGACCACGCUGAACCUCUUCUUUGCGGGCACCGAGACCGUCAGCACGACCCUGCGCUAUGGCUUCCUGCUGCUCAUGAAGCACCCAGAGGUGGAGGCCAAGGUCCAUGAGGAGAUUGACAGAGUGAUCGGCAAGAACCGGCAGCCCAAGUUUGAGGACCGGGCCAAGAUGCCCUAUACGGAGGCGGUGAUCCACGAGAUGCAAAGAUUUGGAGACAUGAUCCCCCUGGGUGUGGCCCGCAGGGUCACCAAGGACACCAAGUUUCGGGACUUCAUCCUCCCUAAGGGCACCGAAGUGUUCCCUCUGCUGGGCUCUGUGCUGAGAGACUCCAGGUUCUUCUCCAAUCCCCGGGACUUCAACCCCCAGCACUUCCUGGAUGAGAAGGGGCAGUUUAAGAAGAGUGAUGCAUUUGUGCCCUUCUCCAUCGGAAAGCGGUACUGUUUCGGAGAAGGCCUGGCCAGAAUGGAGCUCUUUCUGUUCCUCACCACCAUCAUGCAGAACUUCCGCUUCAAGUCUCCGCAGUCACCCAAGGACAUCAAUGUGUCCCCCAAACACGUGGGCUUUGCCACAAUCCCACCAAACUACACCAUGAGCUUCCUGCCCCGCUGAGCGAGGGCGGUGCUGGUGCAGGGCGGGUGGGCGGGGGCCCGGAAAGGGCGGGGCCAGGGGCGGGGCUUGUGGGAGGGGCGGGGCUAAGAAUGGAGGCAGGAUGGGGGAAAGCAAGGGGCGAGGUGGUUAGAGGGAAGAGAAGAAACAGAGGGGCUCCUUUCACCUUGAUCAGGUGCUUCCGAGCUGGGAUGAAAGGAAGGGAAACCUUACACUAUGCUGUGAAGAGUAGUAAUAGCAGCUCUUAUUUCCUGAACAAGUACCUCCGUGUCAGCUCUGUUCAAAAAGCGUUGCACGCACACCUCAAUUGCCACAAACCUCUGCCGAGGGGAACAGCGCUCAUGCCCAUUUUACACGUGACAAACCUGAGGCUCAGAAAGUUGUCUCUAUCAGAGGUCUCAUAAAAUAUAAUCGCCCAGAAAAAUCUUUGAACACA